GCUAGUUAUUUUCAUCAUACCUUAUCAGUAUUUGCGCACGUAUGUCAUUCUAAUUAUUGUGUUUCCUCAAAAGUAUUCUAGUGAUAUAUAACUGUGUAAAAACAAAUACAGUCCUUGCAAAGGUAUUGGUAUUACGUUACGUGGCUUUGUACACAAAUUAAAUAAUUAUUAAUAAUUUUAGAGUAAAACUCCGAUAAUGUGGUACAAUUUAUAUUUAUUUUUUUCGAUGCUUACAUCGUUUUUGGAAUCCACACAUAUUGCUACUAGUAUAAUCAAUCAAAAUAUGCAUGUAUAUACUGGGGUCGGUCAAUUACUAGAAACUUCCAUGGGAAUUGAGGACUUAACUUCAUCAUUGAGCGAUGAUCAAUUUGAUGUGGCUAACUUUCCCAAAAUGACAGUAGACAUAGAACAGAGAAGAAAUUUUGAAAUGCCGGAUUUUUCUAAAUACGUGGAAAGAGUCAGUGAAAAAAAAUGCAUGGAAUACAUUUACGAAAUGUUGAAAAGACAAGAGGACAGUCUUUCAGAGCGUGAUUCAAACCUCACCAUCAUAAAUGGAAAAGAAGUAAAAGCAGCGGAGUACCCACACAUGGGCGCUUUAGGGUGGUGGACUAACGAUGUGCAACGGAAACUGUCUUUUCUCUGUGGUGCAAGUUUGAUAAGUGAUCAAUUUUUGCUCACCGCUGCACACUGCAAGAGCAUUAUACGACCCUAUCUAGCGCAACUUGAACCAAGCGUCGUCAGACUUGGCACUAGAUAUCUAGAAAAUGCCCCUAACUACGAAAAAGGUGUAGAUUUUGAGAUUGAAUCACUGAUAUGUUAUUUUUAUUAUUAUUCACCGCUUCGAGACUAUGAUAUAGCUUUAGUAAAAUUAAGGACUAAAGUUCAGUUUACGAAAUUCAUUCAACCAGCCUGCCUCUCUACCAGGACAUUUGCGGAUAUUAAAAAAAGAAUUACAGCCACUGGAUGGGGAAGCGUCACUGCCCAAAUAAGUGACAUGUCAAUAUCGAGAGAACUAAGAUUCACGGAGAUCCACAUCUUUGACGAUGAGAAGUGCAACUACCUCUUAGACAGAUAUAAAUAUCGGUUGUGGCGCGGCCUUCGCCGUCAUCAACUGUGUGCUGGCGAAUUGGACGGCAACUCAGACACUUGUCAGGGUGACUCUGGCGGCCCCAUACAAUAUCCCUUGAUCAGUACAUCUUCAGAAGGCACCAUACACAGGAUAUUAGCAAUUACAUCCUUCGGCCUAACCAGGUGUGCGAAGGAAAACGCGCCCGGGAUUUACACCAGAAUUGCUUAUUUUAUAAAUUGGAUCGAAAAUGUAGUAUGGCCGUAUGAACAAUUGUCUUAGCAAAAAACUCUGAAAAAGAAAAUUA